AUGCUGAGCUGCCUGGAGUUUAUGUAUCAUGAGCUUGGACUUGUGCGGGAGUUUAACAUGAACCCCAUCACACUGAAACGCUGGCUGUUGUGUAUCCAGGAGAACUACAGAAGCAAUCCAUUUCACAACUUCCGCCAUUGCUUUUGUGUGACCCAGAUGAUGUACGGAAUGAUUCAUCUCUGCCAGUUACAGGAGCGUAUGCCACUUUUACAGUUGGGAGUCCUCAUGACAGCCGCCGUGUGUCACGAUCUCGACCACCCCGGAUACAACAAUACAUACCAGAUCAAUGCCCACACGGAGCUGGCAAUCCGCUAUAAUGAUAUAUCACCCCUAGAGAACCAUCACUGUGCCGUGUCGUUCCAAAUCCUGGCGCAACCAGAAAAUAACAUCUUCUCUAAUGUGUCCCCCGAACUCUUCAAACAGAUCCGACAGGCGAUCAUCCGUCUGAUUCUAGCAACAGACAUGGCAAACCAUGGAGUUAUUCUGGAGUCGUUUAGACAGAUUGUGUCCAACUUUGACUUCUCCAGUGAGGAACACGUGAAAACUUUGCAGAUGAUGCUGAUAAAAUGCUGCGAUAUCUCCAACGAGGUGCGUCCAUCGGAGGUGGCUGAGCCCUGGGUGGACUGUCUGCUGGAAGAGUACUUUCUGCAGAGCGAUCGGGAGAAGUUGGAGGGUCUUCCAGUCACACCAUUUAUGGACCGAGAUACAGUCACGAAACCCAAAGCCCAGAUUGGAUUCAUCAAGUUUGUGUUGCUCCCCAUGUUUGAGACGGUCGUGAAGCUCUUCCCACAGAUAGAGGAGGUGAUGGUGCGCCCUCUGCAGGAAGCCAGGGAUCACUACGAGGAGCUCAAGCAGCUGGAGGAAGCAAUGGCAGAAGUGAGUAUUUCAUUGUAUGAUCAACAUACUUUUUACGUGGAAUGGAAAUGUAGUUCCAUAAGGUUUUAUGUAAAGUACACGCCUCAGGGGAGAAAUAUUGGAGGAGGCUGCACUGCUGAGUUCCUGAAAAUACAAAGUGCCUGGCCUCGGUACUUUGAGUCACAGACCCAGGACACGUAUGCAGCAAAUAAAAGUACAAAGUCGUGA